AUGGGAAAUAGAUAUACCCUAUUUAGUCGUAACAUGAGCAUCGCAGGGCAAGUGAAGAAAAGAAAGAGAAUAUCUAAAGAAGAGAGUGAUGGAUCUUCUACUGAGAAGAUCAGUCACCUCCUGCAUUCAUAUUUGGAAUGUGAAGCAGUUGAAUUUCGCAAGAACCUCCUUGAAUGGUUUACAAAAAAUAAACGAGAUCUUCCUUGGAGGCAGCGAGCUGUUCAGGGCAGCCUGGAAGAAAGAGUUUAUUCUGUGUUGGUAUCUGAAGUAAUGCUACAGCAAACACAAGUAAAUACUGUCAUAGCUUAUUAUCAAAAGUGGAUGGCGCAAUGGCCAACUUUUGGAGAUUUAGCCGGAGCAACUCCUGAACAAGUUAACGAAAUGUGGUCAGGACUUGGUUAUUAUGCCAGAGGAAAAAGACUUCAAGAAGCGGCCAAAGAGAUGAGCAAGAAAACUAUUGGUAUUCCAUGUUCAGCUGCAGAACUGCAGAAGUCGCUUCCUGGCGUGGGACGUUACACUGCAUCAGCUGUUGCAUCCAUUGUUUUUGGUGAGAAAGUUGCUGCAGUGGAUGGUAAUGUGAUUAGAGUGCUUUCUCGCCAUCGAGUUAUUGGAGCAGAUUCAUCUACAAAUAAUACUGUCAAUGAAAUAUGGAAAAUAGCAGAUGAUCUAAUUGAUCCACAAGAACCUGGAAAAUUCAACGAAGCUAUGAUGGAACUUGGAGCAGUAGUUUGUACUCCAAAAGCUCCAAAAUGUAGUGAAUGCCCUGUAAGAAGUUCAUGUUUGGCUUAUAAGUCAACAAAAGUUCGGGAGAAGGCACAACUGUCAUUAAAAUGCAAUCCAGAUGUCCCUGAUAUUGAAUCUGUUCCUGGUUGCAGUCUUUGCUUGCCUGUAGAAGAACAAUUGGAUAUAUCUUUAGGUGUUCUGAAUUACCCUAGAAAGGGAAAGAAGGCUCCUCCAAGGAAACAAGUGUCUGUUGUGUGGAUUCUUCAGAAAUGUAUCUCUGACAAUGAUGUUGAGUACUUCAUGGUUAAAAGGCCAGACAAAGGUCUUUUGGGUAAUCUAUGGGAGUUUCCAUGUCAUGUAGUACCACCAGAAAGAUUGACAUCAAAGGAAGUCUAUGCUGAUGAGAUUUUAAAAGAGCAACAUGGGAUUGAUGUAUUUGAAGUACAAUCAACUAAGCUUCUUGGAAGUGUUCUUCAUGAAUUCUCUCACAUCCAUCAAACUUAUGUAGUGUUUCAUGGGAAAGUAGAAGAAAUAAAAUCCCUUUUGACUUCUGAACAGUAUCAAGCUCAACAGUGGAUUAGCAAAACUCAAUUUGAAACUGCUGCAGUAUCAACAGCUAUGAGAAAAGUAUUUGCUUUGCUCGACUCUCCAUGUAAAGAGUCAAAUAAGUGUCUACCUGGUCUCCUCUCGGGCUAUGCCACUGCAGUGUUCGUCUACCACGCCAUUCCGAAGAAAGAGACAGCGGUGGUUGGUCUUGUUGAAAUUGUGCCGCCGCUGUUAAAACAUCGCGCCGUCGUAACAGGAAUGUUGGAAGCACGUACAAACUGCAAAGACAAUGCUGUUGGCAAUCAUUAG